AUGGCGGAGGAGGCGGUUUCUGGCGCCAAUGCAGUACCUUCGUCCCAACAGGCGGUGUCGCCGGGACCCAUUGGGAGCUCAGUGAUUCCGAUUGCGAACAAGCUGCAGGACAUAUUCGCGCAGCUGGGGAGCUCGUCGACGACGGGGAGUCCCGGCACGAUGGCCCUGCCGCGGGUGGCGGUGGUGGGGAGCCAGAGCAGCGGCAAGUCAAGCGUAUUGGAGGCGCUCGUCGGCCGCGAUUUCUUGCCGCGUGGCUCUGAUAUUUGCACGCGAUGCCCGCUGGUGCUGCAACUGGUUCAUUCUGACGAGAAGGAGGAGUGGGGAGAGUUUUUAAACAUUCCUGGGAAGAGGUUCUACGACUUCCGGGAAAUCCGGCGUGAGAUUCAGGCCGAAACUGACCGUGAAGCUGGGGGUAACAAAGGAGUUUCAGACAAGCAAAUUCGUUUGAAGAUUUUCUCUCCAAAUGUUCUUAAUAUCACUCUGGUUGAUUUGCCCGGAAUAACUAAGAUUCCAGUAGGCGAUCAACCGAGUGACAUCGAAGCUAGAAUCAGAACAAUGAUAUUAUCAUACAUUAAGCAUGAAACUUGUAUAGUAUUGGCAGUUUCACCAGCAAAUGCAGAUUUAUCAAACUCCGAUGCACUUCAAAUAGCCCAGAUUGCUGAUCCAAAUGGUUCUCGAACGAUUGGCGUCAUCACGAAGUUAGAUAUAAUGGACAGAGAUACAGAUGCACGUAAUUUUCUAUUGGGAAAUGUGAUUCCUCUUCGACUUGGCUAUGUGGCUGUGGUUAACCGUAGUCAACAGGACAUCAAUUUAAAUCGAAGCAUAAAAGAUGCUCUGGCCAAAGAGGAGGCAUUCUUUAGAUGUCAACCUGUAUAUCAUGGUCUUUCUCAUUGCUGUGGAGUUCCAAAAUUAGCUAAGAAAUUGAAUCAGAUUUUAGUGCAACAUAUCUUGUCAGUUCUUCCAGGAUUGAAGUCUCGCAUAAAUUCCCAGUUGGAAGCUGUGGCAAAGGAACAUGCUGCCUAUGGGGAUGUUGUAGAAUCAAAGGCUGGUCAGCGUCUGAAGUUUUUGAAAAUUCUUACGAAAUAUUCUGAAGCUUUUACUUCAAUGGUUGAGAGGGCAAAUGUGAAAUUAUCAACAACAGAGCUUUAUGGUGGGGCACAGAUUCAUUAUAUUUUCCAGUCAAUUUUUGUGAAGAGUUUAGAGGAAGUUGAUCCUUGCGAGGAUCUUAGUGACCAUAGCAUUCGUAUGGCUCUUCAGAAUGCCAGUAUUAACGGUGAUUUGUUUGUACGUGAGGUGCCAUUUCGAGUUCUUUUAAGAAGGCAGAUUGGUCGUUUACUUGAUCCAAGCCUCCAGUGUGCAAAGCUCAUCCAUGAUGAAUUGAUUAAGACGAGUCGCAGCUUAGCUAAUGAGCUCCAUCAAUAUCCUGUUCUUCGGAAGCGCAUGGUCAAGGUAAUUGGAAAUUUCUUACGAGAAAGACUUCAGUCAGCAGAAACCAUGAUAACCCAUCUGAUUGAAAUGGAGAUGGAUUGUAUAGACAUUUCACAUCCAAAUUUUAUUGGAAGAAAGAAGGCUAUGGAGAUUGCACAACAAGUCAAAGCUUCGAGGUUAGCAGCAUCAGUUUCCAAACCCAAGGAUGGUUUAGAUGGUGAUGAGUUACAAGUAUCUGAAAAAAGUCAAAAAUCUUGUGUCAUCCUUGCUAGGGCUGGAGCAAAUGGAGUUAUUCAUGAUCAGGCUCCGGGAGUGCAACCACCUUCAGAUUCUGACAGACUUGGUUCAGCUGGAAGUUUGAGAGGAAUUGGACACAUUGGCGGCAUUUUGUCCAUUUUUGGUGUUAGUAAGAACCGUGCACCAGCAAAAGAAAUCUCGUCCAAUAAGUCUGCUACUGUUCCUUCUCACAAUGUGGAACAUUCAAUCUCCAGGAUUCAACCACAAGAGCCUCCAUUCAUCUUGAAGCCUUCAGAAUAUCAGUCGGAGCAGGAGGCUUUGGAGUUUUCCAUUGCAAAAUUAUUACUGAAAUCGUAUUAUGAUAUCGCCAGGAAAAAUAUUGAAGAUACUGUGACUAAGUCAAUUAUGCACUUACUGGUUAAUCAUACAAAAAGAGAGCUAUACGAAAUUUGUAUAUUGAAACUUUUUAGAGAUGAUGUUUUAGAUGACUUGUUUCGAGAAUCAGCUGAUAUAGCUGCAAAGAGAAAAAUGAUAAGAGAAACACUUGGGGUUCUGCAGCAGGCCUACAAGACGCUCGAGGAACUUCCACUCGAGGCGGACACUGUGGAGAAGGGUUAUUCUCUUCAUUUGGACUAAACCGGCUUGCCCAGGGCCUAUCUUCGUUCUACUCAGCAUCAAACGAUUACAAUCUACCCUACACCGCUUCGCCGAAGAUCCAAAGAUCGAGGAGAUCAACACUCUGGAAAACAUUUGUCUUCCCUGUACCCCAGAGCUGAUGCUAACAGACGUGUUUCUUAUUCUCUAGUGGUUGCUUGGGGGCUUUCCUGAAGCAGUAUUUGCUCUGUAGAACAAUUCCACUUUUUAUUUGCUCUGUGGACACUCAGAAUAUUGAUGUCUAUCGAUCAUGAUUUAAGUUUUCUAAAUCGUUGUGGCAACUUAAAGACAAGCAAACCUCAAAUUUUAAAGCGUUGUGGCAACUUCAUGUCUACCACUCAAUUCUUAUCUAUUUACAUACCGAACACCAAAAUUUAAAUGUUAAUUUUUUCAUGCAUCCACGUCAACGCAUGUUUAUAUGUUGUUUACAUUGCAAGGAGGCUUCACAAAAUUAGGCAUAUAAUCUUGUGCCACAAUACACGAUCAUACUUACAAACAGUCCUCAUGUUUUAGGAAAAAAAAAGGGGGUAAAA